UUUUUAAAAGUGGCCCGCAAAAAUGCUACGGUGAAUUGAACUCUGCACCUCUCAAAUUCCAGCUGAGCGCUCUGUACCACUGAGCCAAACGGUCACUGACAGUAAAUCUACAUAUCGCUUAGAAAGAAUUACUAGAAAUUCAAAGCUCACACACACACAUACAUACAUACAUACAUACACACACCGUGAAGAGAGAGACGAAGGUAAGAUGGCUUGUAGCAGCAGCAGAAGAUAUCGAGCUGUACCCUCAAGUUUAUUGUCAAGAUCUAUGCAGAUAUUCUUAACCAACUUAGAAAAUGAUGGUAAAUCUCUACAGUUGUUACCAGUUGACUUACGUGAAAAAUGCCUGAACUAUAUGUCUUUGAGAGGUUUGCUCUCAGAUCAGAACUUGAAGAAUGUAAUCCACAACAACCUCAAAAAACUAGAUCUGUCCGCAUCUUCAGUUACAGAAGCUGGCUUAGUCAACUUAAAUCAAUGUUCUAAACUUCAAAAUCUUAACCUUAGUUCUUACCAUCAAGAAAUUCGAUUUUCAUCACCAUGUCUCAUCAAUUCCAUCAAGCAUUGCCUUUCUAUUCAAGUAUUGAAUCUAAGUCGUUGUCACAAUGUUGAUGAUGCUACUGUGGUUGCUUUGUCUAGAUCCUGCCGGAAUAUUCAUUGUUUAAAUUUAAGCCAAUGUUCCAAAGUCACAGACGUAGCAAUGCAAGCUCUGGGAGAAAAUUGCCAUUACUUGAGGAGUAUAGACUUCAGUAGAAAUUCAAUCACUGACGCUGGGAUUGCUUCCCUGGUUGCAGGUUGUUGUCAUAACACACUUGAGGAGAUGGUCCUUCGGAAUAUUGAAAAGAUAUCUAACAAAUCAGUAGAACUUGUACUAAAAUUCUGCCCCAAGUUAACAAUUGUUAACUUCAGUGGCUGCCCCAACAUCCAAGAUGUUAAUUACAGUAGAUAUUCUAACAACACAUUAAAACAGAUUGGUUGGACCAUUCCUAUCUGAAGCAGAACAAGUCACCCAACACAAGUGUCUCCGACAGCAAUUCAUUUACUUUGGCCUUCACAGUUCAGGAAUUUCAUGGAUCUCAUAUUUUCAUGGUGAACUACAUUUUUCAAUAAUAUCAACACACCUACACAAAUAUGUGCAUUUGCACACCUAUACAAAAACUUGCUCAAAUGUGUUUUAAACAAGAACACAAAUUUUUUUUUAUGCAUAUAUAAUGUGUUUGCUCACACAUAUUUCUCUUUUUUUUUUUUUUUUUUUGAAUAAUAAAACUGAUCUUGUUUAAAGUAUUUUCACAGAAUGUAUCAAAUAUUCAAUUUUUUUAGAAAUUGUUGUUUUUAUUAUCUUCUCUAAAACUUGAGUGUAAACUUCAGUUUCUGUCAAACUAAGAUCUGGUUUCCAUUCCUACUCAGAACUAUUCCGUUAAUGUGGAAUUUAAACUAGCCAUAUCUGACCAAAAUGUUCUACCAAUUUUAUGUUCAAACUGACCAGAUCCAUCCUUUCAUACUUACCCCACAAUGUUAAUCUUCAAUAUUUCCAUUUCAAAUAGUUUUUUUUCUACCUAUAUAGGCACAGGUGUGGCAAGAUUAAUCUUCAAUAUUUCCAUUUCAAACAGAUUUUUUUUUUCUACCUAUAUAGGCACAGGUGUGGCUGUGUGAUAAAAAGCUUGCUUUCUAACCACAUGGUUCAGUUCUACUACAUGGCACCUUGGACAAGUGUCUUCUACUAUAGCCUCAUACCAACCAAAGCCUUGUGAAUGGAUUUGGUUGAUGGAAACUGGAAGAAGCCCGUUGAUUUAGCUGAUAUUUCUGAUGGUGUGUAUUUAAUUAUCUAUUAUCAUCUCUACAUUGUCUCUGUUCGUUUACUGAGGAUAUUGGGAGCGACUAAACAGACUGCUUUUGUCUAUGUUGUUGCUGUUCAAGGUAAUGUGGCCAAAGACGGCAAAUAGAAGAGAGAAUCAGAGCGAAAGGGUGAUGAAAGAGAGAGGGGUAUGAUGGGAGAAAUAGUGAGAAAAGGAUGAUAGAAAAUGAUAGGAAGCUACAGGUUAGCUGAGGGAAAGAUAAGCAAGAAGGUAGUCUAUGAGUCUGGAGAGAUUAAAAAAAAACAAUAAACAAUUCAGUGAACCCAUCACUGUAUCCAGUAAUUACUUUUAUUUACAAAACUAACGAAGCUUUUGAUAUGGUGUUCGGUGGGGUGAGAGCAAUAAUUCGGGUCUGGAUAAGUUGGUUAAAUUGUUUUUCUUUUUUUAUGAAGAAUAAAAUUAUUAAAAAAAAAAAAUUAAAAUUAUAAAAAGAAAAGAAAUAAACAUUUCCCAUGGUCCUUCAUUGAACUAUUAAUAUAAAAGAGAAAACUUAAGUGACAGUAGUUGAUGAAAUGCAUUCACUUAACCUUGUUUAACACAGUUUAACCGAUAUGAAGGACUCUUGCAGCCAUGUAAAGUAUUGCCAAUAUAUGUUCGUUGUAUUUCAUAAUUAUUUUCAAGUGACCUUAAAUUCAAGCUUCCAUAAAAAUUCUCACAAUACCCGAAUGAAAUGCAGAAAAACAUUUUAGUUGCGUUUCACAUGGUUCUGAAGCUCAGACGUGGUUAUUUGUUUGAAAUUUCUUCUUGUUUUAUACUAAAUAUAUCUCAAACUGGAGUCAAGUCCUGCUCUGAAUGAAAUGGUUUUGUGUAUGUUAAAAUAAUAAUACUUUCUGCUACAAUAUUUUUAAACACUUAUAUUUUAGAUUUAGACGAUUCAUUAACAUUUAAUUCUAAGCUCAUAAAAUGUGUGUUUAAAAUUAAGUUUAUACUUGUUUUAAAAAUCUACAAAAGAUGUAUUGAUAAAAUAUACAUAUGCUCCGGCACAUACACAGUCCAAGCUAGAAUAAGUAAUCUGUCCAUUAAAAGAUUACGAUAUAACAAAAAAUUCUUACAAAAGUAUAAAAAAAAAUUUUUCUUUCAAAUUAAAGACGAAAAAAAAGUUUAAAAUCCAGUUUCUUCUUCUCAAGGAUUUUUUAUUCUGCUGCGAACAUUUUCAGGCUUGACUUCAACUAAACAUUUCUGAGCUGGGAAUUUUCUCUCUAAUUUGGAACAGUCACAAUUCAUAUUUUGAUUGGCCUUUCUUUAAAUUUCUAAUUUCUUAAGUUAAUAAAUGGUUUGUUGCUACCAUACGGUCUAUUCAUUCGUUUUUGCAGCAGUUUGUUAUUGGAAUCUUUUGGGUUCUUCACAUGAUAAUGGUAGUCUACUCGCAUACUCUGGAGGGCGUUAGUCAUCUCUUCCUGUAAUUACACAAAACAAUCAUCUUAAUUUUUUUCAUUUAUAAGGAAGACAAAAUUUGUAUAAAUAUUUCAGCUGAAUGACUUGAAUUCAUCCAGCACAUUUUUAAAGAGAAAUGGUAAAUUCUGUUACUUAAGUCAUGUGACUAGAACAGAA